CGAACAUGAUCUGGGGGAGGAUAUUUAUGACUGCGUCCCCUGUGAAGAUGAAGGCGAUGAUAUCUAUGAAGAUAUCAUCAGAGUGGAAGUUCAGCAGCCCAUGAUUAGAUAUAUGCAGAAAAUGGGAAUGACGGAAGAUGACAAAAGAAAUUGCUGUUUGCUAGAAAUCCAAGAAACUGAGGCCAAAUACUACAAAACACUUGAAGAUAUAGAAAAGAACUAUAUGAACCCACUGAGGCUGGUACUGACUCCCCAAGACAUGGAGGCUAUUUUUAUCAAUUUGGAGGACCUAAUUAAAGUGCACUUCAGUUUCCUGAGAGCCAUCGAUGUCUCUAUGAUGUCUGGAGGAAGCAGCCUGGCAAAAGUGUUUCUGGAAUUCAAAGAGAGGCUGCUGAUUUACGGCAAGUACUGCAGCCACAUGGAGUACGCCCAGAACACGCUCAACCACCUCCUCGCCAACAGGGAGGACGUCAGGCAGAAGGUGGAGGAAUGCACACUAAAGGUUCAGGAUGGGAAAUUUAAAUUGCAAGAUCUGCUGGUGGUUCCGAUGCAAAGAGUUUUGAAAUACCAUCUCCUGUUAAAAGUAAUUUUGGGCCAUUCGUCAGACCGGCCAGAGAAGCAACAGCUGAAGGAGGCUCUGGAGGCGAUGCAGGACUUGGCCAUGUACAUAAAUGAAGUAAAGCGGGACAAAGAGACUUUAAAGAAAAUAAGUGAAUUUCAGAGCUCUAUAGAGAAUCUGCAAGUGAAGCUGGAGGAGUUCGGGAGGCCGAAGAUCGAUGGCGAGCUGAAGGUCCGCUCCAUAGUCAACCACACCAAGCAGGACAGGUAUUUGUUUUUAUUUGAUAAAGUGGUGAUUGUCUGCAAAAGGAAAGGGUACAAUUAUGAGCUGAAAGAAAUUAUUGAGCUGCUCUUCCACAAGAUGACUGACGACCCUAUGAACAACAAGGACAUUAAAAAGUCUCAUGGAAAAAUGUGGUCCUACGGCUUCUACCUAAUUCACCUUCAGGGGAAGCAGGGCUUCCAGUUCUUCUGCAAGACGGAGGAGAUGAAGAGGAAGUGGAUGGAGCAGUUUGAAAUGGCAAU